AUGGGUUUAGUAGAAGGCUAUGGAACCAGUUCUGAUUCUGAUUCUGACACCGUCGAAAAUCAAUCCACAUGUAUAAGAGGUGCUAACUUGCAAGGUGAUCUGUAUGAACGAACUAAAGCGAGCAUUCAUAAAAGAAAGCAACAUUUAACAAAAUCAGAACUCAAAAGAAGGCGGAAGAUACGUAAGGGAAGUGGGCCAUGGGGUAGCUGGUCAAGUAGCGACGACGAAGGUUUAGAAAACAAUGAAAAUCUGGUAGGACAACAAGAUACCUUCAUUGACGUGAUAGAUGAGGACGAUCAAGAUUCAGAUGCAGUACAGACCGAAGAAAUUUCCAAUUUCUAUGGCAAAUUGGAAAAGGACUAUCAAGGUCGAGGAUAUUUACAUCCACCAAAUGACAUUGACGUUGAUCUUCAUAAGGAAAGAAUGUCCUUUCGGUGUUAUUUACCGAAAAACGUUAUACGUAAAUAUGCAGGGCAUUCCAGUGGUACCACUGCCCUGAAAUUUUUACCAAAAACAGGGCACCUGUUCCUUUCAGGUGGUAAUGAUCAUACUAUAAAACUUUGGGAUUUUUACCACGAACGUGAAUGCCUUCGAGACUUUCAAGGUCAUACCAAACCCAUCAAGGCGUUACGUUUCGCUGAUGAUUGUUUAUCUUUCCUCAGUUCCUCUUUUGAUAGAAACGUCAAAAUUUGGGACACUGAAACUGGUAAAGUGAAAACCAGGUUACAUCUUAAAUCAACCCCAGCAGAUGUCGAAUCUCGACCCACAAACCCACAUGAGUUCAUCGUGGGUUUAUCAAACUCCAAGAUAUUGCACUAUGAUGACCGUGUUUUUGAGAAACAGGGCCUUGUUCAGACAUAUGAUCACCACUUAAGUAGUAUUUUGGCUCUUAAGUACUUUCCUGAUGGUUCUAAGUUUAUUUCUUCCUCUGAAGACAAGACUGUAAGAAUUUGGGAAAAUCAAAUUAAUGUGCCCAUAAAGCAAAUAAGUGAUACAGCUCAACAUUCCAUGCCAUUUUUAAAUGUGCACCCGUCUCACAACUAUUUUUGUGCACAAAGCAUGGAUAAUAGAAUAUAUUCAUUCAGUUUGAAACCCAAAUAUAAGAGACACCCCAAAAAGAUAUUCAAAGGGCACUCUUCAGCAGGCUACGGUAUAGGCUUGUCAUUUUCUGGCGACGGUCGUUACAUAUCUUCGGGCGAUUCAAAAAGUAGACUCUUCACAUGGGAUUGGAACACAUCACGUAUGUUGAAUAGCUUAAAAAUUCCAGGCAAUAAGCCGAUAACUCAAGUUGACUGGCAUCCUCAAGAAACAAGUAAAGUUAUAUGCAGUGGAGCUGCAGGAAAAAUAUAUGUGUGCGACUAA